AUGCGCAUCCUCACCACCCUCCUUGCCCUCCUCUACCUCCUCCUUCCGGUCUCUGCAGUCGCCUGGACAUGUCUCCGAGUUGUCAGCAAGCUGGCCGGCCGCCCUGGCGACCUGUACAACAAGUUCCAGACCGAGAUUUGCGAGCGCGGGUGCCAGCCGACCGUGCCGCACUGGGACCUAUGGACACGCAAUAACUCGUUCGUGCCUGCAGUGCGCGCCCUAAUGAGUCGCAUGAAUGUACCACACCAGGAAGAAGCCCUGCUGAAGAUGGGCGACGACGUUGCGGUUAUCAUCAAGGAUCGGUGCGGACCCGAGCUACAUGGACGCCACAUCUGCUCCGACCCGGACACCCUGGCGGACUUUGGCAACUGCUUCAAGAGCAACUUUGUCAAGGCAGCGAUCAAACACCUUCCGAUCCUUUUGCCCAUGGCCUCCGAGGAGGCGUGCAAGCAACAGUACAGCUAUCUCGAAGGCGACGACCUGUGGGAGCGCAUCAUCCCCAACAACAUGCGCGACUACGCCAGCGUAUGCGACCAGUUGGAGAAACCGGAGGCGGAGAGCCACGAUGAAUUUAAGGUUCAACGGCCAUUAUUCCGUCAGCCUGCCGAUCGGAAACGUCACUUUCCCUCUUCACCUCCUGCGAUGGCGUCGUUGCACUGCCUACGGCCUCGCCCUCCCUCUCUCCUGCCUCGCAUUUCGAUCGGACAUUCACCCCUUCGCCAUGUUCACCCCGGCCGGUUCCAGCCCUUCGUUCCGCCAUCCCCAAGCUCCCUAGGCAAACCCACCGCGGCCAAGUCCUACACCCGCACCCGCAAAUGGCUGCGGCGAUUGGUGUACGCAUCACUCGCGACAGGCGUUGUUUGGGGGAUUGACACCCAGUUCUAUGCCUCGUCGCUGACGCGCACAACCCGCACCUUCUCCUUGGGUCUGCUGGUCGCGCUGGACUACAAGAUCAACUUCCGCCCACAUCCUCCGCUGGCCAGCUCCAUCGCCGCCGUGCAUCAGCGUAACGCCGAGCGCCUCUCGGAUCUGCUGCGCCAUAAUGGGGGGUUAUACCUGAAGAUGGGCCAGGCGAUCGCGAUGCAGUCCGCCAUCCUGCCGCCGGAGUUCCAGCAGAUGUUCUCGCGCAUGUUCGACGACGCCCCGCAGAACGAUUGGAAGGAGGUGGAGAAGGUCAUUCGCGAGGACUUUGGGAAAUCACCCGAGGAAGCCUUUGGGGUUUCCUUCACCGGUGAACCUGGUAAGGGUGUCAUGGAACGCAGGGCCCGCGCCAGCGCCAGUGUCGCCCAGGUGCAUUGGGCUCGCUUGCAGGAUGGUCGAGAGGUGGCCAUUAAAAUCCAGAAGCGGGAGAUUGCCCAGCAGCUGGCAUGGGAUCUGUGGGCUUUCAAAGUCGUGACCUGGAUCUACAGCAAAGUUUUCGAUAUUCCCUUCUACAGCCUGGUACCAUACAUCAGCGAGCGUCUCUCGCUGGAGACGGAUUUUCUGAAUGAAGCCGACAAUUCAGAGACCAUGGCCCGGCUGGUUGCUGGCGAAUCGCGCCUGCGGGAUCGGGUAUACAUCCCGCGGGUGUACCGCGAGCUGAGCUCGAGGCGCGUCAUGACCGCAGAAUGGGUGGAGGGCGUACGGCUUUGGGACAAGGAUGCCAUCACUCGAUCCUGGCGCGGCGGCUGGCGCCAGGGAAGCCCGGGAUGUCAAGGGACGCCGCUGGACGCACCCAACAGCAAUGACACAGCGGUGACAGAACGAAACCAGCAGGCUGCACUGCUUAAACCAGAGCGGGAUCACUGGAAAGGAUACAAUAAGAGAGGCGGCCUGGGAUUGUCGCUGAAGGAGGUGAUGACGACCAUGGUGGAUUUGUUCUCCGCACAGAUGUUCCUAUGGGGAUGGGUGCAUUGCGACCCGCACCCGGGCAACAUCUUUAUUCGGCGCAAGCCGUCUGGCCAGCCGGAGCUCGUCCUGAUCGACCAUGGGCUGUACAUUCACAUGGAGCCGGACUUUCGGCACCAGUAUGCGCGGUUCUGGAAGGCGCUGCUGACAUUCGACAAUAACACGAUCGGCGAGAUCGUGAAAGGCUGGGGCGUUAACAACCCCGAUAUUUUUGCUUCUGCAACCCUGAUGCGCCCGUACCGUGGCGGCGACCUAUCAACACACCGCGGCCUCGAAGGCCUGAGCAAAUCCGAGCGCAACGAGCGCCACUAUGAGAUGCAGCAGGCCGCACGCAAGGCCAUCCGCGAGAUUCUCGGCGAUGAAACCAAGUGGCCGCGCGAACUGAUCUUCAUCGGCCGCAACCUGCGCAUCGUCCAGGCGAACAACCAGUUUCUGGGCUCGCCGGUCAACCGCGUCAAGAUCACCGGGAUGUGGGCCUCGCGGGCGCUGGUGGAAUCGCCUGAUCUGCCUCUGAACGAGAAGAUCCGCAAUCUCGGUCGUCAUAUCGUCUUCCGCCUUGUGCUAUUCACCACUGACAUCUUCUUCUGGUUUACCAAGAUUCGCCAGUUUUUGAGACUGGGCGGUGGUAUGGAGGACGAUAUCGAGGCUCAGAUGCAGAAUAUGGCCAAGGAUUUAGGGGUUGAGCUGAACCAGAAUGUGUUUGAGGGAUAG